GAAAAAUGAUAUCAAUAUUUUAAAUGUAUUAGGUAAACUUUAAUAAAUUUAUUGUUUAAGGAAUGUUUUGUUUUUCAGUUUACAUAGGCAUUGUGUUGCUGCAUCUGUAAUAAAUAUUGAUAAGCCAUUUAGAAAGGAAUUAUCAUAUAAGGACAAGUCCAAUCAGUUAAAUAACAGAGUACAAAAUAUGACAUUAAAUUUAAACUCAGAAAACAAAAGGCACAAUGAACUUGAACAUAAAGACUCUGAAACUUACAUGCAAACAAAAGGACCUUUACAUAAAGCAAGGAAACAUUUGAAAACAUUUAUUGGAAGAAACAAGAAACCAGCUUCUCUUGAUGAAAGUGAAGAUUCUGGACCAGAAGACUUAAAUUUAUAUGAUGAUGGAAAUACUGAAAAUCUAACAAAUGUUUCAACAUUACCAUCAAAAAAACAGUUACAUCGUACUGAUAACAGAUUUAGGCAUCGUAUGAAAACUGUUACUUCCUUCCACAAAGGUGAAAUUUGCACAGGAUGUGAAAAAAGUAUGACUUUACUUUUUUCUCAUGGUUAUAAAUGUACAAGAUGUAAGCAUUUAUUUCAUUCAAAAUGUAUUUCACAAUCAAGUCGUGUUUCUUGUGACAAUGUUAAUCGAGUAAGACGCACACCUAGCAAAUUAAACAAAAAUAAUAAAACGGAACAGUUGCCAAUAACUUCUUGGAAUGUAACUCGCACAUCAGAAUUUCGUGAUCCAAGGGAUAUUAUUGUUACAGAUGUAUCAGAAUUGCAAAAUAUGGAUGAUUUCAUCUUUAAAAAGUUGUGUCAAAUGAGUGGAAAUAAUGAACAGAAAGAUUGUCUAGUUGAUGUUGUUUUUAAAAGAUCUUUAAGAGAAUUUAAGUUCAAUCUUAUAAGUACAUAUUCUGUAGCUGCAGCACAAGAUGGCCGUUUAUGUAUUUGCUAUAAAGAUCUAAUAGAUAAUUUUGAGCAAGUUAUGCAAAGUGUUUGUCAUCAAGAAAACACUAGUCAAACAUUCCCUGUAAUUAUGGGUGUAAAUGCAUUCCGUGGCUUUCUAGAUGAAUUUAGAAAUUUAUAUAGGAAUGAAGAAAAAAUUAAAUCUAAAGGGAAGAAAAGAAAACGAAAGAAAAUGGAAUUAUCAGAAUAUAUGGGUCAUAAAUUCAUGGCUGUUGUUAUAAACAUUCCUACUGCUUGCGAAAUAUGUUCUUCUUUUAUGUGGUUAAUGGAGAAGGGAUUAGUCUGUCAAG